CGAUUAUGCCCUCCCCACCUUCAAAGAGCCUUAUCGACGAACAUCCACCAGUAUCACCAAUACUUGUUGCGAAAGAAGACAACCAGAACUCACCUCGAUGGAAACAUGACUGGCGCGCAUUGCUCGUCAGCCGAAUUCAGUCAUUUUGUCCGAAUUGGAGAAUUGCAUUGCGGCACAAGAGGGACGCCAUGACUUGCAGAGGCACUUUGCGAAGCUGUAAUCUCGUUAUGGUUCAGUGAGGGGCAUCAACACUGUCUAGUCAGUGGUGAGCCAAUGACGUUCUGACCUGGAGGUCAACAAAGGCAGACGAUCGAGAACAUGCCAUGACAACAAAACUAUCUCGGAACCCAGACCUCGAGUUCAUCAGGUUCAUACCACUUGAGAGCAAACAUGCGUAUACCCAUCUCUGACCGUUGCCAUCUGGCACGGGCAGCCAGUACUCUCGUUGUCAGCAAUUCUACUGGCGGAACUACUGUCGCCAACACGAUUCUGAUCUUUGCACGCGACCAACCGUCUUCCUACUCUGCUACGUCGGGUCUCUCUGGCUAUGGCAUCCCGUUUCAGCUCCAGCUAGUCCCUCAGGCGGGUAUCACACUGCCAACUCUCAACUCCUCGGCCACUCAAGGAAACUUUGGUGGCUUCAUUAUCCUCGGCGAAGUGUCUUAUGACUACGGCGGCAACAAUUGGGCUAGUGCUUUGACUGCAGAUCAAUUCCAGCAGCUAUAUGCGUACCAAAGUGCCUUUGGUGCAAGAAUGGUCCGCAUCGAUGUGUAUCCUGGACCUGCCUUUGGCGUCACUCCUACUAUUCCUGGCGCUGGAUGUUGUGCAGCUGGCGUAGAGCAGCUGCUGAGCUUCACGAAUACUAGUGGUUUCCCCACAGCCAAUCUCAAACAAGGCGCCACGAUCAGUACACAGGGUAUUUGGCACUAUCCAGCAACCAUCACCGACCCUGACAAUGUUUGGGAGGUUGCAGGACUCGCAGCAAGCUCUGAUGGUACUUUCUCAAACCCUAGCUCUGCUGCAGUCAUCCAUCAAGCUGGAAAACGUCAGGAGAUGGUCUGGUUCUCGAGUUGGGCCACCAAUUGGGCAUUGACUUCCAACUACUUGCAACAUGCGUACAUCGCCUGGCUGACUCGUGGCCUGACCGUCGGUUACCGUCGUAUCUACUUGAGCACUCAAGUUGAUGAUGUUCAUCUUAACACUGCUUUGUAUCAGCCAUCGAAUGCUUUGUUCAGACUGAGGCCAGCGGAUCUGCAGGCGAUCGCUGAUUGGACGCCGCAAUUGAACUCGAGACUUCCCGCUGGCUCAAAUUACUUCAUGGAACUCGGCCACAACGGAAAUGGAAACAUUGUCGCUGGUAUCACAUACGAGAACACAACGACUUGCAAACCAGACCCUGCCAUCAUCUACACCGGCGACAUGUCUUCGACUCCACUCGAAUAUCAGAAGCCGCUAGGAACUGGAAUCGACAUCUGGCCCACCACACCAACACUCUUUACUUGGAGCAAGGCUUGCUGUCUGAUCGAUCCACUGUUCAAGUGGUUGUCUACGCCCGAAAACUUGAACGCCUUUGCCCACGUCUCCCACACGUUUACUCAUGAAUCGCUGAACAACGCAACUUACAAUGACACCUUCAAGGAGAUCACUUUCAACCAGGCAUGGGCAAACACCACUGGAAUCAACAAAGCAACAAGAUGGUCACCAGGUGGCCUCAUCCCUCCAGCUAUCACUGGUAUGCACAACGGCGAUGCUAUCAGAGCUUGGAUGACCAACGGUAUUACAUCUGCAGUUGGUGACAACACCAGAUCUGUGUUGAUGAACCAGCAGAAUGAGUUCUGGCCCUUGAUCAGUACCGUAGCGAGCAAUGGAUAUGAUGGACUUGAGAUUAUUCCUCGCUGGGCUACCACAAUCUUCUUCAACUGCGAUCUUCCCGACUGCACCACAGCCGAAUGGGUCAACACAUCUGGUGGUAAGGGUGGCUUCACUCAACUACUCAACGACGCCCGUACUACCAACGUCCGACAUCUGAUGGGUCUUCACCACGACCCUUUCAUGUUCCACCAAGCCAAUCUUCGCAACGCAGAUGUCAACAGCACCACCAUCGGCUCCAUCACCGGCCAAUUCUCUCUCAUUCAAAUCUGGACCGAAGUGGUCACCCAAGAGAUGUCUCGUCUGACCAAUUGGCCCAUCAUCUCUCUCAAGCACGAUGAUAUUGGCAUCGACUUUAUGAACCGCAUGGCUCGUGACAAGUGCAAUCCCAACUUGAGCUACCAGUAUUCUGCUGAUGGAAAGAGUGUUACCUCUGUCACUGUCACUGCCAAUGGAAACAGUUGUUCUGCUCCCAUUCCUGUUACCCUUCCUGUUGGAGCUACUAGCAAUGCUCCUGGACUUGUUAGGGAGACUAUUGGAUCUGACCCCUUGGUUAUUUGGGUGCCCCUGACUGGAAGUCCUGUCACGUUGAACCUUGCAUCACCUGUUUCAUUAUUGUAAGGGUCGUCAAGGGAGGAGAUUGGUUGUGCCCCUGAGGAGGCUUGGCAUGAAGGAGGAAGAUGGGAGAGG